CGGGAUUCUCGAUCAUGUCGAAGCUUCUCUGUUUUCCAUCGCCUUCUUCCAAUCUCUUUUCUCUCUGCCUAAUACUAAACAAUCGAAAAAGUUCAUUCCUCGUCUUAGCCAGGGAGACCUAUACCGAUUUAGUCGUCCUCCAUUCUCCUCCCAAUCGUCUCUCCUCCUUCCGUCUGCUGGCCUGGAUUGUUCUCCCUCAAGGACGAAAUCACCGCCGGGUUGGCCGAGAGAAACAAGCUAGAGGAGGAGUUUACUUCUCCGACCUGGAACAUCUGCUGAGACCGUUGACACUUUGUACAAGGCUGUUCUGGAAUACGGCACCACGCUGGUCGUCAAGCGGCUGAAAGACGCGUUGGUUUUUGCUCUGUUUUACUUCACUCAGGGUUUCCGAUAAUUUAUAUGGACAUCAGUUUCCUACAAGCUGAAAGACAAGAGGAGCACAUGUGCUGAGGUAUCAUUCUGUGUAUGUAUAUGGUUUUAUCAGAAGAGCAGCUUUGAACAAUUUCGUAUUAAUUAUGCAAAUGAGAGGCUGCAACAACAUUUCAACAGACACUUGCUUGAAAGAGAGCAAGAGGUAACUACAAAUCAUUUAUCUGGAUCAACCAUUUUUGUUCAGCCAUAGUAAUUCAGUG